AUGGCAUCCUCUCACCCUUCUCUUUGGAUUCGUUGGGUGAAGACAUACCUCAUCCAAAAAGAUUUCUUCUGGUCCGUAAAGGAAAACACAAGCUUGGGUUCUUGGGUCUGGAGGAAGCUGCUCAAAUACAGAGACAAGGCAAAGCAGUUCUACAAAGUUGAGGUGAACAAUGGUCGAAAUACAUCAUUCAGGUUUGAUGUUUGGUCUCCGAUGGGGUUCUUAUUUGAUAUUACGGGAUCACGUGGGUUUAUUGACAUGGGUUUACCCAUAACUGCUACGGUGUCAGAGGCUCUCUCUAGCCGUCGAAGACGUAACCACCGUACUGAGCACUUGCGAAUGAUCGAGAACCUGCUGAAUACAUAUCGGAAUCGGGCUGACCAUGAAAGAGAAGACAUAUCUCUAUGGAAACAUUCGGAAAAUGUAUACAAGCCCCUGGAGAGUUCAAAGAAGACAUGGCUGCAAUUGAGAUUGACUGGACCUAUACGUAGUUGGUACAGGGGAGUUUGGUUCACUCACUCAACACCUAAAUUUUCGUUCUUUGCUUGGUUAGUGGUUCACAAUUGA